CCGGAGGCUCGGAUAGGGGGCCUCAUCUUUCCGGCGAGCGCUUUUCGGCUGCAACUCCACUUGCGGUGUAUCUCGGCUUCCUUCUUCAGUUUUUUUUUUCUCUCUUUCUCUGUAUCGGUCUUUGGAUAUUAUGGCGAUCUCGAUGGGGACGACGGGAUCGAUCGGGGCUUCGUCGUCGGCGAGUUGGGUGGGGAGGAGGACUUGGGGGGCUUUGAAGGGGAGGAGGAAGGGGGCGGGGAGGGGGGUGCGGUGCUCCGCCACCUCCGCCGCCUCCGGGAGCUUGAGUGAGCAGUACCGGAUGCUGCGGAUUGAGCCGGGUGCCUCCGAGGAGGAGGUCAGGAAGGCUUACCGCCAGCUCGCUCUUCGGUACCAUCCGGACGUGUGCAAAGGAAUCAAUUGCGGCGUUCAGUUUCAUCGGAUCAACGAAGCCUAUGAUACUGUGAUGAGCUCCUUGAGGCAAGCCGAGGAGGAACGGGAGCGAUGGGAAUCUCAGGAAUGGAGCGACGACGGCUACGCCUACGAACCGAUGAGGGGGAUGUGUGACCCAAGCUGGGAUUUGUGGGAGGAAUGGAUGGGGUGGGAGGGGGCUGGCAUCAGGGACUACUCUUCCCACAUCAACCCCUACAUCUGAGCAAUUUCUCUCCAGCUUUUCCUUUGGAGGUUGAAUUGGCUGAGGACAAUGUACAUAGGUUCUCUGUUAAAAUUCUCAGCAAUUGUGGGUGUUAUGUGUAUAUAAUUUGGACUCUUCUUGCCUUUCCUAAUUUAAGGGUGGAAGGGUGUAUAUGGUUUCAACCUUUGUCUCUUUAAGUGCAGUUAUGCUGAUUUGUCAUUGCUCUUUUCA